UGAUGCCCUCGAGUUUGCAAGAAUAUCCUACGGUGCCUGUAGGAAGUGUGGAUUGCUCCGUAAACAUAAUUCAAAACCGUUCGUUGUUUAUAUGCACAUGUGCGCUUGUGUUUUCUCACCAAAACUCUUCUCGCGUUUCGGGGUGGGUGGCUUUUAAUCUGAGCGCGUGCUGUUGCGUCUGGAGCGCGUUGUGUAGAGGCCGGAGAGGUGAAGAUGUCUGCGGAGGAGGCGGAUAAAACCACCACCACUGAUGCGAGUGCUGGAGACGAGGAGGAGGAAUGGCUGUACGGCGAUGAAGGUGAAAGUAAAGAAACUGAAGAAGAAGAGGCCAAACUGACAGCAGCCAUCAGUGCAACAUCUACUACUCCUGUUACAGAGGACGCUCCCACAACUACCAACAACACCUCUGAUACUGCCACCCCACCUACAACCACAACCACAACUGGAAAUGGAGUGGCCAGCCAGGAGGAAGCACCUGGAGAAGAUGAAGACAGUGAGAGCGAUAGUGAUGAUGACGAUGAUGAUGUCCGUGUCACUAUUGGAGAUAUCAAAACAGGAGCGCCACAGUACACGGGAUAUGGGGGAACUCCAGUGAAUCUCAACAUAAAGUCAGCUGGCAGCAGAGCUUAUGGAGGUGCUAAAGUGAAGGGUGUAGAUCUUGAAGCUCCAGGAAGCAUCAAUGGAGUUCCAGUCCUGGAAGCAGACAUGGAGUCCUUUGAGGAGAAACCAUGGAGGAAGCCAGGUGCGGACUUGUCGGACUAUUUUAACUAUGGUUUUAAUGAGGACACGUGGAAGGCAUACUGUGAAAAGCAGAAGAGGUUGCGUAUGGGUCUUGACGUUCUCAACAUCGGAUCAACCACCAGCAAGAUCUCAGUUCAGCAGGGUCGCACAGGUAACAAUGAGAAGGAGAUCACAAUACCAGCUCAUGCAUCUAAAGCAGAAUUUACCUCCCCAUCCAACCUGUAUAAAACAGGUCUCAACCAAGGGAGGAUAUCCCCUCCACAUUGGGCAGGGCCUCCCUCUCAAGACAUGUCCUAUUAUACGAAGACACCCGGGACCAUAGAUGUGAUUGGUGGACAGACCGCCACUAUCAGCAGGGUGGAAGGGCGACGCCGUCACAAUCUGGAGGGGAAUAACAUACAGGUGAUCUCUGAACACUCCAGCUCUGAAGUGGAACCCGAGGUGCAGAAGAUGCCUCCUCCUUUCUUUCCUCCCGGUCCGCUGCCUCCGAACAUCCCACCUCCACCUUUCCUCCCUCCUCCUGUCAGUCAGGCUCCGCCUCUGAUCCCGCCUCAUCGCAUGCCCAUCACUGUUCCUCCACCCAAUUUUCCUCCACCCACUGGAGGACCUCCUCCUUCACUUAUUCCUACAAUGGACAACAGUGGGCACCCAGGAGGAUAUGAUGGACGUCCCGUCGCUCCAUACCCUUUUCCUACAGGUGGCUUUCCUCCACCCAUGCAGGGAGCUGUUAACCCCUGGCCUGGUCUGAUGGAGAAUCCCAAACAGUGGGAUUAUUACCCUCGACGAGACAAAGAAAGGGAAAAAGAGCGAGAAAGAGAGAGACAGAGAGACCGUGGCCACGAGAGAGACCACAGCCCCACCUCAGGGCCUUAUAACAGCAUGGCCAUGUGCAGUGAUGAAGAGCGCUACCGCUCUUACCGUGACUAUGGAGACCGAGGAUAUGAGAGGCAUCGGGAGCGAGCGAGCCGGGAGAAAGAGGAGCGCCACAGAGAGAGGAGACACAGAGAGAAAGAGGAGGGCAGACACAAGUCAUCACGGAGCAGUAGCAGACGGAGACACGAGAGUGAGGAGGGAGACAGUCACCGGCGCCACAAACACAAGAAGUCCAAGAGGAGCAAAGAGGGCAAAGAGCCCAGCGAGGAGCGAUCCGCUGACCAGGAGAACCAGGAGGCCAUGGAGUAACUCCUGCUCGCCUUCUGUCAUCGCAACCAAAUCAUGAUAAACGAAGCUGUAAUCCAGUUUACCUUCUGUUUGUUUUCACGUUGCCCUAUUUUUGUUCUGUUAGUUUUUUCCAGUGCAGUUGUAACAUGUAGAUGUUGAUUUGUUGGAUUAAAAAAGAGCAUUUGGUAAUGUU